GCCACCAGCAUGGAAGGCUCCGCAUUAGUGCUGGCGCACCGAGCUCCACUAAAUGUCAAAUCAAGCAGCAAUUUCACGCACGUCUGACGUCAACAAGGGCGAAGGAAGGAAAAUAAACUUCGCGCACACUUCGGGAGAAACCAUUAUCGCCAACGCCGUUUUUUUCUCCUUCCGCGUAGAGAGGAGGAGAGCCCGCUGAUAUAGGCAUGCUCAGCUGAAGCGUCCUGCAGCCUCUGACGCUGGGCGCAGGCGAACUGCGACGGCCGCGCCAAACGAGCACCAGUGAUGGCCUCUGCUGAGCAGCUGUGUCCCCGCCUGCUGCACCAGCACUGCCCAUAGGCCACACACACAUACACACACACACACUUACACACGCCUUUGGGCUCCCUUUCCAGCUCUGUUCAUACACACACACACACAUCAUGUACAGUGUGGAGGACCUGCUGAUCUCUCAUGGAUACAAACUGCCCAGGAGUGGCCCUGCCUCCUCCUCUUCCUCUGCGCCUUAUGACAAUCGAAACAACGAAUGUCGCCGUGACAACGUAGAGAACCGGCCUGCUGGUGGUGGUGGUGGUGGUGGUGGUGGUACUCUGAAUGGAUUUGGGACAACAGAAGGGGGAGCGGAAGCGAGCACGGGGGUCUACAGACCGGCACCGGUGAAGGCUUAUCCGGAGAACAACAACAACAUUAAUGAGGGCCAUGAAAGAAUUCAACGGAGAUUGGAGGUUCCUGUUGCUUUCCUUGGUGACCUGCAACCUUUGGGGGACUCUCUAGCUACAGACAGUGGGUUUUAUGAUGCUCCCAGCCUGACAUUCUCUGAACAUGCAGAUGAGCGAGAUAUUUCAUUCUGGAGAAGGAGGGGACAGGACUUCAGUGCUCUGUUGGACUAUGCUGAUCCCAGGGAGCUCAGAGUGUCUGGAGGAUUAUGGCGAGGUCCAGUGCUAGCUGUUGAGGAGUUGAGAGCUGAGAGACCACUGGCACGUUGGGAGGAAGGCCCAUGGAUACGGGAACCAAUAGACUCAGGCCCAGAGACUUUACGUGUGACUGGAGAGAGAAAAUGCCAGAGCCUGGGCACAGAGGAGUGGCGCCCUGCAGUGGGCUUGGGCCGGCAGCUGUCCGAUGGGGAGGCUGAACAUUGGUCUCAGGAGCAGCAACACCGCCUGCGACCAGCAGAGGGCAGUGUGUCUGCCACAGUGCGAGCUAAGUCCCAGUCGCUCCCUCGAGUCCUUUCCCCUGAGGAUCCUCACUAUGGAGAUCUGCCUCAAACUGGUGCCCCUAAUCAGCCCCCUACACAAAGAAGCAACAGCUCUGCUCCAUACGGUCGAUACCACAGUGAAUGGCAAGCAGGGGAGAGGUGGAGUGGUCAGACACAAAGUCAUGCCCCUUCUGCAGUUGUACCAAAGCCACGGUUCAGCCGCCCCGUCAAGCCCCCAUCUUAUGAGACUCACCAGCAAAACAGGGGGAGCUGGGAAACGUUGUCCUCUGAACCUGUGUCCAAACCCAGAGACCGCUCAGUGUGCUUCUCUCAGAGUUUUGAACCACUCAGAGACCGGUCUGGUUGUUAUUCUCAGAGUGCAGAGCCUUUAAGAGAUCGGUCCAUUUGCUUUUCACAGAGUGCAGAGCCAAUUCGAGACCGCUUGGUGAGUCACUCUCAAAGUGCUGAACCACUAAGAGACAGAUUUGUCAGUCAUUCUCAGAGUGCAGAACUACUGCGCGACCGUUUUUUCAGCCACUCGCAUAGUGCCGAUCUGUUAAGGGACCGAUCCCUUUGUUACUCUCAGAGUUCAGAACUGCUACGAGACCGGUCCAUUUGUUACUCCCAAAGUGCAGAGCUCCUGAGACCAGAAGCAUAUAGGGCAGAUCUGUUUUACCAUGAACUGACUGGCAUGGAGCCCCCUGGUUACAUCCCACCUCCCUCCUACAGGAGAUUCCUGCCACCCAGGAGUGGACAGAACUACAGAGCAGAUUCUGCUCUUGUCCGAUGGAAACGCGAGCCUGUGAGUGCAGAAAUGGGCCAGUGGUUUUCCAGGACUUCAGGAUUGUCGUGGUCAGAACGGCGUGAAGACAGGAGCAUGGCAGUAGUUCCGAGAAGGCCUGUGCAUCCAGGGCCUGUCGUACCUAGCCGUCCAGGACUCGUGCAGUAUGUCCCAUUUGAUGACCCGCGCAUCAGGCAUGUCUCAGGGGGGCCCUGUGGAAACUCGCUCACAGACGCGGACAAGAUCCGACACGUCAACAAAGAGCUUCCCUGCGCUGCAACUUUAGGACAAUCCACACAUGAUAGUGCCUUUCUCCCUUCACAGGGACCGAGUCUUAGCAUGGACACUAACAAACCGGCUCUCACUGAACAGGAGAACACUAACCGCUGGCACAAGGGGAUAAACAAGGGCAGUGAAACUGUAGCAUCUGACCAGAGCUGUGCCAAGUACCCCAUAGCGUUUCAGCCCAGACCCCUGCAACCAAUCAUUAAAACAGACAGAAGUACAGACCAGCAAAUUAGAGCUGACAGAGUCACUGACCAAGUCAAGGUUGAGAGAGUAACAGAGCCGGUCAAAGUGGAGAGAGGUGCUGAACAGACAAGAACAGAUCAAGUCAAAGUAACAGAGCAAGUGAAAACAGAUCGAGUUACAGAUCUAAUCAAAUUAGAUAAGCCUACAGAUCAAGUAAAGCCAGACAGGUUUACAGACAAACAAAUAAAGGUGGAAAGAUUAACUGACCAGAUACAGAUAGAUAGGACCCCAGAUCAGGUCAAGGCCUGACAGAUAUACAGACAAAC